AUGGAGAUUAGAAAAGGGGAAGAUCUCGACUCUUGCAACUUCUGGAUCAUUCUGAAUGUUCCCCCAAAUCUUCGAAACGUUGAUGGGGCCGACCUCAAAUGCAUGGGUUACACUUCUUCGAAGUCCCACUAUGAACGCAUGAAAGCUGCGAAUCUCUUACAUGUUCUGGAUUUGCGAAGUUUUGUGAUUCCACCAGACAGAUUUGUGGAAGAAAUAAAGGCCAUCAUCGAACAUUUCAACAACAACUCCGACUGGUUUGGAGAGUUCGUAAGUGACAACAAGGAUGUUACAAUGCAAACCCUCAUCUGGUCUCUGUAUCCUGAGUUAUCGCGGAAGCUGGCCUUUCCCCUCAAGUCCCUGAAUAAGGCACCAGAGAGAGGUAUCUUCGAGGGUAUCUUCGAAAACGACAUUGCACACUACAAGGUUGGUGUGCCAAGUGCUACUGACCUUGAAGAGAAUAGCGACUUCUGGAUUCUUGAGUCGGCAAAGGUUAGAGCGCACAAGCCAGAAGGACUUUAUACUGGCAGAGGCUAUACUCAGUGCGAAGAUCACGCGCGUUGGUUUCUCAAGGAAGGCGAUUGCACCAUACAGAGCUACAAAUUUGGUAAGGGCCACAGGGAAGUGGAUCUUCUCAACCGAUUCAUUGGACAGUGCGCACUUAACCAAGGAAUUGGUUGCGGCUGGGGCACACCGGAGCGCACAAGUGCAUUUUUCUAUGUAUACUACAAGCAGAACCAACCUCGAAGUCAGACCUUGGAAAAGGGUAUGCCUUGGCCAGCGCCGGCGCAGAGACCGGAGGAGAAUCACUAA